UGUCAAAAGACAUUUAAAAGAGGGAAGACUUCAUUGCUUUUUAUCGCUACAAUCAUACUCAUUGAUAUCAAUAUAUUUUCUAAAGAACAAUCGAAAAUUUUUGCCUUUCUCUAACAUUCUUGAAACUCAUCAGUGAAGAUGUCGUUCGAUCCUUCAAGACCAAUUGAUGACGAAAAGGUCUGGUUCCCCAAGGGGAUGUUCGUCGAUAAUCGUGCUAAUUCCAAGUUUGGCUUUGAUGCCAGCGACGAUGAGAGGGCUUUCAUCUUCAACUCUUCCGAUAUGAAGGCACUGAACCGUUUUCUCGGGACGGGCAGGUUGCUUCCAACCACCCGCAAUGAUUAUUUACGAUCAUUGGGCAUUUUGUCAACCGAUCCCCUCAGUAUAGACCUGGCGAAUGAAGUUGACAGUCUUGUGAGGACUUAUACUCAAAUCAGAACAGACAGUGUGUACUUUAGAGAUCACACAUGGCGCAACAUUGUCGACAUGGCAGCGCAAAUCAGAAUUUACGCCACAAUGUCAGGUGGAACCGAGGAAACUUCCUACACAGUUCUUAUGCUAAAAUGGAUCGGCGACUUCCACGAUGAAAACAACAAACCCAGGCCUGAUCAAGCAAGAUUGAAGGAACUCAAAGAAGGUAUACAAUGGAUAGUUACCGAAGAACUCAGGGUGAUCAAACAAUUACAGGCUGGCGCAGACCAAGCACUAGCCGGAUUGGAAGGUUUCCACGGACAAUGCGAGCAACAUGAAGCUAGGAUGAGAGUCAAUGCUACUUCUCUCGAGGCACAAUUAGUCAAAGAGGGUAAUGAUAUUGCGAGUAUGCAAAAGAAAAUUGAUGCGUCUCAGGCAGAGCUGGAAGAAUACCAGUCCAGGAUUGAUGGAAAAAAUAAAGUGCUAACUGAUGCUCCCAAAUACAUGUGGGUUUGGCCAAUUGGAACUUUCAUUGGAGUCGGUCUCGUUCAAGCAGCCAGAAACGAAAUUAAUGGCAUGAGAAAAGCUAUGGAAGAGAUCCAAGCUGUGAUGGAUGAGUAUGAAGCUAAGCAGAAAACUGCUUCUCGCUUGGAACUCAAUAUCAGGUUUGUCAACAGCCAAGUAAACAAUCUCACUGGCGAAAUCAGACCCGCAAUGCGCACACUCGAAUUACUUCAAGGAGCAUGGAAAUCCAUGAGCACGGAUCUUGAGACUAUCAAACAGUUGAUCGAUAAUGAUACUGAGAAUUUACCUCCAAUGAUACUCGCGAGACCACAAAUGCAGAAGAUUAUUGAUGAGUGGAAUGAAUUGAGAGAAUUUGCGAGUAAUUAUAUUCAGAACUCCUACCUUAGCGAGUCUCCGGAAAAUGUGAGUGUGCAGCAGUAUAUUCAUCAGCUGGAGACGAGAGUCUUUGUCGCGUCAAGAUGUUAAAUGGAACGCGAGCAUUCGCUGUGCCUAGGAUGUGUGAUGGAGAGAUGGAGAUGGAGAUGGAGAUUGAAAUUGACGAGAUCCAGAAUGUUGUCAUCGAAUUUCCUUAUGGAUGUAGGACAUUGCAAUGUCGUUUUUUUUUAAUCUCUUGAGCAGUCGAUAAUUUCAAAUGGAAUCAAUCACCUGCAAUGAUCUUUCGUGCACUCACUGCAAAAAAAAGAACAAUGUCCAGCGGGUGACAGGUCUACCUCCGCUAGUCUUUCAUAUUAUAUAAAUACAAUUAUCGUAUCAUUAAGAGUUGUGUGAGCACAGCAGAACCAUC